GUAUGCGGAAAGCACGGUACGUUUACUGCUGUGUUUCGAGAAAGACGGUGUUGAAUUGCAUUUUUCAUCCUUUGAUGUUGAUUUAGAUUAUAGAAAGGUAUUAUUAAACAAUCAUGCAGUCUGCAAGGAAGCUGUUUCGACGUGCUAGCAAGCGAAUUCGCCGUGUUUCCAGGACCGUCGAGGAGACAGAUUUGGCCAGGGAAUCCUCCCCGGAAAAUGUGGACCCCAAAGCAGCUGAGGCCUCUAGUUCCAGGGCGGCCACGGCAGAGAGCCCCCUGGGGGCCAGUGAGAUAGCAGCCGCUGCAGCCAAACUGAGUGAUUUGGAUAGCUCAAGGAGUAACUCCUUGGAUAGCUCGACUGAAGAAAUACAAGCAAGUGGAAAUGGAAAUGGACAACAGGAUUACAUAGAUAAGCUUUUCAUAAAUCAACGCAGGGAGCUGAUGCAUGAGCUACGCCAGAUCCAGGACAGCCAUCGCCCAGUAAGCAAAGGAGACCAGCGACGAAAUAUUGAUCGCUUCCUUCGACUCCAUCUCAAUGGAGAAGUCUCGGACUCCACCAGCGAGGGCUCCAACGAGGGCAACCACCAGUCUCCGAGAAGAAGGAGGCGGAAUGGUAUGGUUGUGCAGGAGCUGGAGGGGUUGUCACGGCAACGGUCCGUCACUCAGCGUCUCCAGUGCCCGACCUUCCGUCGUGACCUGGAGAACAUGGUGCGAGGGGUCGUCGUGAGGCAAGAGAGAGAGGUCGAGGCCGUGCUGAGGUUGCGUGUAGCUGGUCUCCCUGGUAACAGGCCCCUCCCUCUUGCAGGUGAAGCGAGUCGAGUGGAUACCGGAAGCCAUGUCAGUGGGGUAUCAUCAAUCUCUAGUGGCCAUUCUCUCCUUCCAUCAGUGUCUACAUUAGGACUCAAUGCUAUUCCGGUUGCACCACCCCUACCUCCACUAGGGGGCCAGCACCACCUUCCAGCCCCACCCGCAUUCCAGCAACCCCAGCAACACCUACCACAAGUUGCACCUGUUCAACCACCUCCACCACCACCACCACAGCCCCAGCAAGCCAACAGAUGGCCGCUGCCUACAGCCCCAUGGCUGGUCCAGAACAGUCUGAAUGGGAACCAGGGUCCUGCUGACCGAGCCCAGGUCCUACAGCAGGUCCACAGGGAAGCUGUGGUCUCUGAGAUCAGUGAGUUAGUCCAUCGUCAGCUGGUCCAUGAGACUCUGGAGAGUGACUUCAGAGGACGCCUAGAAUUCCUGAUGAUGAAUCGUUUAGAGACUAUCGGACCGGAGAGCGGCGAGCGGGUCAUGAACUUUAUCAACACUAUCCCUCAGAGCCAGCACAUCCGUCGCAACGAUUUCUCUCAUCUCGGUAUCCAUGUACCAUCUUCACAGCAGGAUGGUGCACAGUCCGGAGCUGUAGGGGGCGCUGCAGUCCCUGCUGCUUUCAUGCAUGAGAUGGAUAGCUUGAAAUCUAAGAUGUCUGAGCUUCAUGAGAUGGUACGGAUGAGUAUGGAGAUGCAGCUAGAUCUUCAGAGGGCCAUCAGGCAGGAGGUAGCUGCUGCUCUUCAUCAGCAGAAUGGUACUACUGCUUCUCCUACUGCUCCGCUCUCAGAUCCAGCUUCCGAGGGUAACUGUAUCAUCUGCCUGGACAAAGAGGUGGAUUCAGUCCUUUACCAGUGUGGUCACAUGUGUGUGUGUAUGACCUGUGGUCUGCGUCUCUCCACCAUGGGGUCACACUGCCCUAUGUGCAGGGCACCUAUCAGGGAUGUCAUCAGGGCUUACCGCUGUCAACGCUCUUAAAGGUUUUCUACCACCAUCCCUUCCAACACCUUCUGUGCAGGGUCUCUUUGGAGCUGAAUGCUGUCUCCUAGAGAACUUCCACUGUCAGACCUACAAGAUCUUCUGCUAUUGAUUCCCCUGAUUCCCUCAUUUAUUAAUCAUUGUCGACUGGCCUAGAGAACUUCCACCAAGAUCCCUUCCAAAACCUGCUCCCACAUGUCCCGGAUAUCAUCAGAGUAAUUGCAGUGACUUGAAGAACUUCUGAUACUUGAUCCUACCAAAUCUUCCUCUGUUGAUCCCUUUGCAUGAUGUACAUUGGAUCCUGCAAGGGAUGCCAAUGCCAUCAAUGCAUCCACAGAACUUUACCAUCAUACCUUAUCAGAUCCUUAAUGGUAAUAAUUAUAUUAAUAGUAAUAAUAAUAACAAUGGAGUCUCGCACACGCCUGGCACAUUGCUACUGUUGGCGCUCUUUUGUUAUUACCCUAACUUUAACACAACAAAUAUAUAUAUCAAAUCAAAUUAGAAUGUUUUUUGGGGUGCAUUUUUAACCUAAAAUAUCUUGUGUCACUGUAUCCUCCUUAUAUUUGGAUUUUAUUUAAUGGGCGUCAUUUUGUCAUUAAAGAAAUGAAGAAAUGAAGUGGACACCACUGUAAUAUACAGGCUGAUGAGUUUUGCAAUAUUUUGAUAAAGGAUUAAUGAAACGAUGUAAAAAGUGGAAUUAAGUUUGAAUAUAUGCACUUUUAAUAGAUAUGUCAGCCAUAUUUAAAGAAUAACUUGGCCAAAUGCAUUAGAAUUAUUAACAUUUGGUUAUAUUUAAAUACAUGUUUUCUUCUGCUUACUUUAAAAUUGUUCGUAAUUAUUUUACGUUCUCUUAUCAACAAAUCUCAGUUGAUUUUGUAAUACAUUGACUUGUAUUAUAAAAAACCUCACAUUUAACCAGAAGUGUUGUUAUAUGAAAAGAGUUUAUGACUUUAGAGUUUUUGCUAACUUAUAAUCAGUAACUUGUAUGUUGCUUAUUCCAUUGCAAUUUUUGUAAAGUAAAUACCUGCAAUAUUACUUCUAUGAAAAGAAUUUGCACUUUGGGCAUUCAAAUAUAUACAAAUUGUAAAUAGGUAAAAAUAUGAAAAAAAACUUGGUUACAAAACCAAAAGAAUGUCACUUUAAAUUGUAUGUAUAUUCAACAUUCUGUUUUAUCAAUGUAUUCUGUAAGAUAAUUAUAAAUUGUUUAUGAAAAUAUUCUACAUGAAAAUAUAUAAUUUGUUAUUACACACUGUUUCUUAAGAUAUUCAUUUAAGAUAUUUGCAACUUGCUUACAUAUUAGAUUUCUGAAUUUUAUGUAAAACAGAUAUCGAUGCUAUUUUCUUCAUAUUGUACAUACAGAAUAUAAUGUGACAUGAUAUAGCAAUAUUUGUAUGAAAAUAUAUAUGAUAUAUAUAAAUAGAAAUAUUUGUUUAUGAGUGUAAUUCUUUUAAAGUCUGAAAUGUAUCCAUAAGCGGAGUAUCAGAUAUAUUUGAGAACAAUAUGAUAAAUGUGUGAGAUUUAUUUUAAACAUCUUCAUAACGGCAGUUGGUUCAUGCUUUUUAUAUAUAUAUAAAAUAUAUAAGCCAAAGUUUUGUAUCUAACUGUAUACUUAACAAUUUCAUGUUUUUCUACCUACAUGUAUACUAAAAAAGUGACCUUUACCAGGGUACCUCCCUGCCUUUACUAAUCAAAUAGCAAUAUUGAUGCAUUGGACCAAAGACAUGCUUGACUCUUUCCUUUCACACUGUCGUGAAAACCGUGUGUAUCAUGAAUAUAAAGAGGGCUUUAUAGAAAGUGCAAUUUCAAAGGGA